AUGUAAACAGUGGUCUCCUCAGCAAACAUUCGCAAGCUCUUCUUGAUCCCUGUAGGGCUACCUGGAAUGGGAAAAACAACACUUGCUUAUACCUUGUAGCAAGCCUUCACCAAAAUCAAUCAUAGCUAAUAGUAGCAAAGCAAGCCAAACAUUAUUUUUAAGAGGAUUAGUUAUGAUCACAUUCUCGAAGAGCAUUAGCAAAAAUAUUAAGCAAAGCAUCCCUCAACUCCUUUUCAUGAGAUUAUAGAUAUAGUUAGAGCCGAUGCUGACAAAGAAUAUCUUGAGGUGAUUGAUAGCAAUUGUAAGAUUCAGUCUGAUGCUUAGGAGAUGAUAUUCAUGGAUCGAAACAACACUCCUGAUGUCUGGAACGAUAUCACUGGCGUCAUCAAGUCAAAUGACAAUACUUUCUAAUCAGAUUAAAACUUCCAAAACCAAAAUGAAACCAUUCUUAUUUUGCCUAAUCAAGUGCCAGUUCCGAAACUGAACGAACUCUACAAAUGCUAGAACCCAAUCACUCCUUAGCUAAUUUAUAACUGCAUUAAGAGAAUAUUCGGAAGACAUAGUCAUAGUUGCCUUUCUAGCGAAAAUAAACCUAAGGUCGUGGAAGUAUUGCUAAAAUUUACCAAGCUAUACGACAACAUAGACUUCGAGAAUAAGGAUUCUCUAAAGGGUUAAUUCAAUCAUGUACUCCAUCUAGACUUUUUAAGCAACUCAUAACAGAACAUUUCAUCACUCAGCACUGACACAUUCAAUGCUCUUGUGGAUGGCUACAAUAAAACGCCAAAGAACUUUGUCCCACCUAGUGAUGAAACCAUAAAUAUGGUCUUGAGAUAUAUCGAGAAACAAAUUGAAAAUGACAUAUUUACCUAAAACUAACAAAGAAAUAAUCGAAAUUAAGUUGAUGCAUAGAAUGCUUUUGUUGAUUAAGAAGAUUAAGUUUUGAUUUUACAAUAGAGAAUAGCAGAUAGUCUGAUUCUAUAAACUUAAAGUGAACUGAAUUUGUAAAUAAGUUCACAGAUUAAGCUUCAUAAAUACCUAUGA